UCAACAUGGCCACGUUGGGAAAGAAGCACGGAUUUAGGCGCGAUGAAGUCAUAUCUCCGUCGUCCUCUCUCGCUUUUCACAGUUGGAGAGGGCUCAUAAACGCCUACUUAAACUCCGUCGCUCUUUAUUGCUUACAAUGUUCUCUUUCGCAUCACAACGAUUCGCCUAUCUACUUCCAAGCGGCUUCUUCUCUAGAUACCGCGGUCAUUUUCAAGCUCGAUAAUCAAAAUACCACAGCUUCAGCCGCACCUAACGCCAUGUCAACGACCGAUGCUAGCACGGACACCGUUCCGAUCGAGGCGGGCCCAAUUGAAGAGACCAAGGUCGCUGACCCUGAAGUCGUUGAUUGGGAUGGGCCAGAGGACCCCGAGAAUCCUCAUAACUGGCCAAGCCGUAAACGGUGGGCGCACGUUGUCGUUAUUGCAAUCAUCUGCCUAGUUAUGUAUGUAUUAUGCCCUGUCAUCCAUGAUGGUGCAAGGUGUUCUCGUAUAUUGCUUGACCAAUGCUAACACGAUAUGCGUCUACCCGAACAGGAACAUUGCACCUACCAUGUGUGCUCCCAGCAUCAAUCUACUUGUUGCCGAGUUCAAUAUCCGCUCAUUCGUGGUCAGCACCUUUGCGGUAACACUCUACCUUCUCGGCCUCUCAGUAGGCCCCAUGUUCAUCUCCCCGUUGAGUGAAGUGUACGGCCGCUUGCCCGUCUACCAUAUCUCUAAUGUAGUUUUUGUCGCAUUUGUCGUUGGCAAUGCGUUGAGCAAGAAUAUUGGCCAGUUUCUCGCUUUUCGUUUCCUCUCCGGAUGUGCGGGAGGUACCCCCAUGGCCCUCGGUGGGGGCAGCAUCGCGGAUGUAACUCCUAUCCAACGCAGAGCAGUUGCCAUGGCCUUGUUCAGUCUUGGGCCGCUGACUGGACCAGUAAGCCGCCCUUCCGUCCAUCCCUCGGUCACCACCCGUUUAGCAAAAAGCAAAUACUAACUACUGGCCCCAUGUGACUAAAGGUUCUGGGACCUGUUAUCGGUGGCUUUAUCGCCGCUGGCAAAGGCUGGCGCUGGAUCUUUUGGAUUCUGGCGAUCAUAGGGGCUGCCGCCACGAUUACUGGAUUCGUCAUUCUUCGUGAGACACACCCCGGAAUCAUUCUCGAACGCAAAGCCACUCGUCUUCGCAAGUCUACAGGCAACCUACAUCUUCGAUCAAAGCUUGCCCGUUCCCAGUCACCACGCCAGCUCCUUGCUGCCGCUCUUAUUCGGCCCACCAGGCUUCUGAUUCGCUCGCCAAUUUUACUGAUUAUCUCUCUCUAUGUGGCUCUUGUUUUUGGCCUCAUGUACCUGCUCUUCACCACCUUCACCGACGUCUUUGAAGGCGAGUAUGGUUUCACAACAUCCACCUCUGGCUUAGUCUAUCUUGGACUCGGAGUCGCUCUGGUUAUCUGUAUGCUUCUCUUUGGCGCUCUCAAUGAGCGAGUGCAAGCUGCGUGCCUAAAGGCAGAUGGUGCUACACAACCCCGGCCUGAAUAUCGUCUCGUUCUUAUGAUCUUCUUCAGUCCCUUGGUUGGUGUAGGCCUGUUCAUCUACGGCUGGACAGUCCAUUAUAGAGUUCAUUGGAUUGUUCCCAUCAUCGGCACUAUGGUGAUGGGGUUUGGAGCCUUCUUCGUUCUCGUGAGUUUCACUUCUGCCAUCAAUCCCUCCUGGUCGUUAUCAACACUAACAAAUCCCACCAGAUGCCUGCCCAGCUAUACCUAGUCGACUUAUUUGGCUCUCAGGCUGCCGCUUCAGCUCUGGGAGCUAAUAACCUGAUGCGUUAUCUGUCAAGUACGUUUUUGCCACUAGCCGGGCCUAAGAUGUAUAAGACUUUGCACUACGGCUGGGGUAACACACUACUUGGCUUUCUUGCCCUUGCUUUUGUCCCGGCUCCGAUCCUUUUCUACAAAUACGGUGAAUGGCUCCGUGCUAAAAAUGUUGUUAAAUUGUAAUUAUUGCUUAAACUUUGCCCGAGACUGGUAACUCAUGGGAGUGGGCAUCUAGAAUGGCGUUAUUAUAGGUUAAAUUAGGUAGCUCUAACGACUUAGUUGCAUCCUUGCUCCUCUUCCCGCGCCCUCUGUUGUUACCAGAAUGCAUAAGAUAGUCAAAUAGGAAUAUCCAUUUUUAGACUGGGGAGGUACGGCAUUAGCCUGUGCUAUGGUUAUCACUCGGCUCCUACCACGCUGUGAUACCCGAAUCGCCAUGUGCCUGAAGUACGUGCAAAUUCGAGGAGCCCAUAGAUGAGAUCUUCCAAUGAUUUUGAUCACAUAAAAAAUGUAAUUGUUGGCCAUUUCUCGUCAUUACCCUGCAUGAGUUCACGAGGCGGAUAUACGAGUGCGUUGUGGAAUCCACCGUCCGGACGCAGGCAGAUGUCAACACCAUAGCUCCGCCAGCUAACUCCUGAAUACCACGCAGCACCAUACAUAUCUGCACGGAAGUGGAGGGAAUGGAGAAGGGAUAUAACCCUUGAGCCGCUCUGGUCCGGCCAGGGAUGGCCUCAGGAGAGUGCUGUGCCGGAUUUCCAUAGGCUAGUAGAUCCUUCAGGAGCGACACCAUUUCCGUAAGUAGAGAUCUCUACGCAGAACCAUGGCAUGUGUGAGUUCAGACACGAGGAAGCCAUGCAAUGUAACAACCACCGAGAUCCCAAGCCUUGUCCAUCGUAGCCUGGUAAAACAUCAGUCUCGCUUCGUAUGCAUCUAGCUGAAGGCUAAGGCAUGAGGAUUGCGAGUGCCUAUGUGCAUGGAAUUAGUCGAUUGGCCGUGUUGCUGUCUUUCCUGGCCCUAUUAAUAGGCUGGGAAGUUAUUGCUCGCCGUAAGCUUUCUUUCACCCAGUCCAGGUGAAGAGCUCCAGCUCGAGUCAGGCUGCAAGUUGGGAUGCAGCUUCCGCUAUAUCAGUCGGACUACUCCCACUGCUCAGGAGAUUGGAAUUGUGCACAGCAUCCCCAAAAAACGAUCUUCGCGAGACAUAACUACGCAUCUCCACAACCAUAACUAAGUACAUAUCAACAUAUCAGUUUGACGAUCAGCCGUGGAAUAGCUGAGCUUGAGCCGUAGCAUCGCGAGGGAGGAAAAAAGAAAGAAGUGUUCUCCGUAUUCAACGAACUAGUCAGCCAUCUCCUUGCCUUCCAGCUUGUUAAGCGUUUUCAUACCAAGAAGCC